UUCAGCAUACAAAAUUCCACACACUCGCAGCGCGUCGCAGAUACUUUUCGGCAAAGUUUUCCGCAGGAAAAGCCAGUGUAAAUAAUUUGAAAUCCCACGAUAAAUGGCCUACAGUUCCUCUUAGUAAUUAGAAGUUUGGUGUAAAUAAAUAUGAUGUUCGUUUAGCGUUAAAUUAGUGGAAAUUGAAUAAAACAGAAGGAAGAAUAGACGACAAACGUAAAUAAAAGACAGCCAGAACGAGAGGUGCAGAGUGACGAGCGGCAGACAGAGCGGGAGAGCAACGUGUCGAGCAACAAAUUAAUAAUAAAGAAAAAGAAACACAAAUUGAAUACAACAACAAAAGCCGAAGCAGCAGCGAUUCUGGAUUUCUAGAGGCAGCGGCACAUUCAAAAGAUGGGCUGUGGACAGAGUAAGAUACACUUGUAUCCCAGGAAAUCGAAGAGUAAAGCGAACGGCAAGAAAGGAGGGCAUGCUGACUCAGAUGCCGAAACGGACGAGGACGAAGGCCACAUCGAGGAUGCCGAGAAGGCACAACAACGCGACCGCGAGAAGCACGACGAGAGCGAGGAGCUAAGCAAUAAGGACAUCCAGGACAGCGACGAGGACGUGGCCGUCUCCCUGCUGCGUGCCAAGAACCUGUCGCUGCUCCAAAGCCAGGAAAUAUCAUCUAGCCAACAGAACUUCUUCCGGAUGCUGGACAAGAAGAUCGAUGAGGGUCCCGACUACGACUCGGCCAGCGAGACGGAGAUCGCUUUGGAAGAGGCCCGACUGAACGCCCUGCGCCAGCACUGGGAGUCCGCUAGCAUCACGGCCUCCAUCUGCUCCUCGGCCAGCCGCUCGCUGCAGACGACGCCCAUCCGCCAGGUGCAGGUGCCGCUAAAGCAGCCACCACGUGGCGCCGGCCUGCUGCUCCAGCCUUCCAGUGCGGCGGCGGUCACCGCCUCCUCCUCAACGAUAGUCACGCUGCCCACGACGGAGUAUCUACCUCAGCAUGUGUUGGCGGGGCGGCAGCAGCAGCUGCAGCAGCAGCAACAGGCAGCGGUGCUCUACCAACAGCAGCAGCAGCAGCAACAACUAAUCCUGCUGCCCCAGUUGGAUCCCAAUGUUGUCAACACGUCCACGGCGGCAGCAGCGGCCCAACUGGCCCAGUUGCAGCAGCAACAUCAGCAGCAGCAGCAGCAGCAGCAGCAGCAACAGCAGCAGCAACUCUACCAGCAGCAACAGCAAUAUCUGUUGUCCCUUCCCGCCGGAACCAAGCCGCAGAGCGUGAGUCCAAAGCGCCUGAUCUACGGCAGUACCGUCGCAGCUGGUCCGCCGGGCACUGGCCUACUACGGUGCCGCCCCCCCGAGCACUGCCCCCCGACGGCGACGGCCGCUCCCAACGCCCCCGAAACGUACGAACCGCCAACCGCUCCACACAGCCAAAGUCAGCAGCAACAGCCGCCGCCGCCUCCGCCGGGCGCCUACUACGGCGAGAUGAUGCACGGCGUACAGCCCGCUCCGGCGGCGGAGUACAAGUUCCCGCCGGCCAUCAGCGUGCAGCGAUUGGCGCCGCAGGUUCAGCGGCAGCUGCGCGAGACGCAGGAACUCAUAAAAGACUCGUGCCCGCAGCUGUAUGCGGCGGGCUAUGGCAGCCCAGGACCACCGAUACGCAAUCCCAGCAGGAACCCCACUAGAACUAGACCCACCCUGGAGACGCAGUUCUCGCAGGAACUCUCGUGAUAUCUAUAUAUGUAAACAGCCAGCAGACGGAGGAUGCAGCCACAUUCAGCCACACAGUUGCAAGACAAAACUGUAGCCAAAGAUGAAAACUAAAAUUAACCAAAACUAUAAACGAACCCCAUGACAAAAAAACCAAGGAAAAGCAACAAAAAAAAAAUAAGAAAAUCGAAGAAAUUCAAUUAAGAAAUUGUAAAACUGCACUCAAUGUUUCAGACCCUUCAGAACCCCCCAGGUGGGCAGAUCGAGCCCCUAUAUGCGUACUACUUACAACAAACAAGAUGAACAACUAAACUAAACCUAUGCGCAGCAACAAGUAAAGCAUUAAACUACAAAAAAUAUUCAAGAGGCAGCCAAAGAGAGUACGAGUAGAAUAGGGAUAUAGCGAGUUGGAUCAGAAAGCGCAAGGUACAUAGAUUUAGGAAUCGAGUAUAACGUUAUAAAGCGAUAUAUAUGCAAAUGCCACAAAGAGGAUACGGAGGAGGAGGAUGAGAAGGAUAGAGCCAAAACAAAGCAAACACAAAUCAUACAAAGUAAAUAAUAUAAAGUGUAACAAACAAAUGACUUUUACAUUCUCACGCAAUUUUGUUAGUCAUAAAUCUCAUGGUGUAAUUUUUUAACAAAUAUUUUCCGUCAAAUUCUCGAAAUGGUGUAACGUUGAAGAUGAUGAUGAGGAUGAUAAAAUGUUCGUUGGAUAUGCAAUUAACGGAUGAAGCUGUCUAGUAAUAUUUGUAUAAUUUAGUUCUAUUUAUUAUUAUGAUAAUUUUGGAUGUAUAAUAGUUUUUCUUAUAUGGAUAUAUAUAUAUAUAUAUUAAAAAUGGAAAAUAAAAGCAAAUCAAUUAAGUUUAAA